CAGUGUUGCGAGGCGGCCAAGGAGCGGGUCGCCUUCGUCGCCGCGGGCCAUGAGCGGCUGGCCGGGCCUGAGGACGGACUGCGAGGCGCUGCUCAGCCGGUUCCAGGAGGCCGAGAGCGUCCGCUACGAGGACUUCGCUUCGCUCUGGAGGCAGCACCGCUUCCACACCAUUUUCUAUGGUAAAAUAAGGACUCCAGAGCAGAUUAAGUUCACCAAAGAAGCUUUAGCUCUGGUAUGGUCGUAUUUCCUGCCUCCGUACACUUUCCAGAUCCGAGUUGGUGCCCUUUAUCUUCUAUAUGGCUUGUACAAUACACAACUGUGUCAGCCAAAGGAAAAGAUCAGGGUUGCACUCAAAGAUUGGCCUGAAGUCAGUAAAUUCCAGCACGAGUUGUUAGAUGCACAGCAUUAUGAUGCAGCAUAUAUCUUCAGAACGCUCCGGAUGGACAAAGCAUUCUUCUUCACAGCAAUGCCCAAAUUUCUUUCCUUUAGGACUAAAAAGAACAUGCCUAAUAGGAUUGAGAUGAAGAGUGAAUUCAGGGAUCCAAGUGACCGUGUUGCCAUGCUUAACCCAGCUGACUUCUUAGAGGAAACAAAGAAUGUUCAUGACCAUUAUCAAAAAAUGAAGUGUCUGAUCUCCAUGGAUCAAUCCCAACCAGACAAGGCUCUCAAUCUGAUAAAAGAUGACUUCAUAGUAAAUUUCAAGGAUAUCGUUUUGGAAUAUCAGCGAUGGCAGAAGAAUAAAGUGGAACCAUCCUUGGCUACUAUGGGUGAAGAAGUGAUGAAUGAAAAUGAAGCAUCUUCACAGGAGUCAGAAGGAUCUGGAAGAGCCAGAGCACUAGCUGACAUCAAAUCUAGGUCGUACUCUGCAGUUGCCCCGGCUUCCAAGUCAAGACGUCAUCGGCAAGUUAAGCUAGAAUCCUCUGAAUCCGGGUCAGAUCGUGGGAAAACUGUAUCACCUAGAGCUAAAAGAGCCAGAAAAAGGUUACAGCCACUGAGGAAGAAUGAAACUCUGCGAAACAGAGGGACGUUGCAAGUGAUAAAGGAGCAAGGUGCUGAGACCCUGAGUAUGCCUGUGAUUGCAGAGGAUGAUGCUGAAGGACAAGAUGACCAUUCUAGUGAUGAAGAUUUCAUACCCACCAAGAGGAAAAGGACUCAUUAAGAAUUUAUCCAAAUGGAAAAUGUCAUGUUUAAUUUGUUUGUGUGGAAGAAAUGUGUCCCCAGCCAACGGACGAGGUCGCCCAGGUGGCUCAAAGCCACAUUGUAAAACUAUAUAUAUGUCUGCAGUCAUGAGGCACAAAGGCAAAAAAGGACUGCCGUGGAAUGCUUCGAUUGAGGAAAAUAUAUUUUAUGAUGCAGCAUAGAUUUAUGUGCUGCAGAAGGAAUUUCAUCCUCCUAUGGCUUUAUAAAGGCUGAGAAGCUGUUUAUGUUUGCGAUUUGUAAAAUUGUAAUGGAUAACUCAUUCACGUUUAAAAUAGAUUUUUGAAAGAACACAUUUUUUACCAUGUUAAUUAAAUGGAAAACUCUGUUGUACUUGUCCUCAUGCGUAGCAGUAAUUAUUGAUUUGUAAAAUCAGUGAUUAUGUAAGAUAGAUAUAUUCAUUAAAUUAUUGUUCUUUUUGCAA